UAAGAAUCGUUUCUGGAGGUUAUUCUUUUCACACACCAUGAAGUCCUGUGAAGAAGCUAGCUCACUGAAAGAGAAAGGAAAUGCUUGCUUCAAAGAAAAAAGGGCUCCUGAAUCUUUAAAGUUUUACACUAAGGCAAUAUUCAAUGCACCAUGGCCACUCAGUGCUCAGCAAAAAAGAGCAAAGGAUGUCCAAAUCUCAUUGGGAGAUUCCGCCACUUUUCCAACGAUUGAUAGUAGAUCUAGUACCAUGGAAACGAUGCUUGCAAUUUGUUUAGGAAAUCAUUCUGCUGCUCUUUAUGAGCUAGGAAUGUAUCAGGAGUGUCUUAAGGAUAUAGAGAUGGCUCUUAAACUUGGCGUUAAGUCUGCCAUAAAACAAAAACUACACAAAAGGCAGCAAAAUUGUCACACCAAAUUGAAAACAGAAUCUAGAGACGCCGGGAUUCAAGAUCAAAUAUGUAAUGUGUUGGAAUCUGAACACGUGUCUGUAACAUCAUCAGCAGAGUCAGGCAGAUUCCUCGAGGCAAACGAAGCAGUGAAACCUGGUGAAGUACUUGCAACAGAGGAUCCGUUUUCUUCUCUCCUGGAUGAAAAGUUUAAGCUGACACACUGUAGCCAUUGCUUCAGAGAAACAGCUUCAUUCAUUCCCUGCUACUGGUGCACAGCGGAGGGUUACUGCUCUGAGGAGUGUUUGGAUGCAGGGUGGAGCAAGUACCACUGGCUGGAGUGUGAGAGGGUCUCUCAGCUACGGAGCCUUGGAUCACAUGCUCAGCUUUGUCUCAGGACUGCAGCUCAAUUCUCAUCAGGAGAUUAUGAGACCGUGUUUUCGUUGCUUACACAUAAAGAAGAGUUGCUAGGGAAUCCAUCACACAGAGAGGCUUUUGAAGAAAUAGCCGUCAAACUGGUAGCCAUGUUUGGAGAUUCAAUUCGAAAUGCUUCACUGCCAGUAAAGGAGCUUUUCUUGCACCACCUGUUACAGCUUAGAUGCAAUACCCUCGCUGUUUCUAGUCUGUCUGGCCGCUUUCUCUCCACUGAGCAGCAGUCUGGUAGCAAUGUGCAGGAUAAAUACGAGGUGAAGCUAGGCUCAGCCCUCUAUCCAACACUCAGCCUCAUCAACCACUCCUGUCGACCAAACGCUAUUCUAAGAUUUAUGGGUAACAGAGCCUCCCUGUGUGCAACCAGGCUAAUCAAAGCUGGAGAAGAAGUAAACAUCUCGUAUGGUCCUCAGGCUGGGAGAGCUGAUCGAGCACAGAGACAAGCUGAGCUGAAAGGAAAGUACUUCUUUAACUGUUCCUGCACAGCGUGCAAAAAUAUCUUGUAUGAAGUUCAAGAUUCAUUGCUGUGUACAAGCUGUUCUGGUGCCAUUAUUAAGUACCACGAUUCAGCUCUUGUCAGCUGCUUAGCAUGCAAACACACACCAGCUGAUACCAAACUACACUACCAAGCUGAGAUGAGAAGGAAAGCAAGCGGAAUGUACAAGUCAGCUGUUGUACAACAACCAUAUAAUCUUCCACUUCUGCUCGAGUGUCAUCAGUUGCAGUCAAUGGUACUGUACAGAGACAACAUGGAACUGGGAAGGACAAGCGACAAACUUGCUGAAAGAUAUGCGAUGCAAGGUGACUUUGCUACGUCAGCUCGGUAUUGUGCUGCCAGUUGCCAAGCAGUGGGUGUGGCUUAUGGGGAGGACAGCAUUGAGUUGGGCAAUGAGUUGUUCAAACUUGCACAGCUGCAAUUCAACAGUGGAGGAUUAGCUGAAGCAUUAAGGACUGCUAGGAGAUCAAGAGACAUCAUGCUGACACAUUAUGGAACACAUCAUUCAGAAUGUCAAGCACUUGAACAAUUGAUAAAAACUGUAGAAAACAAACUCUAAUCGCACUAAAAAAACUGUUACUGUAUCAUUGCUAAUACCAUGUCUGAGGUGUAUGGCUUCACAUUGGCUUUGAUGUAGUCACAUGACAUCAUGUGAGCCGCUAUCGAGGCUUCCUCUGUGUACCGCCAUGCAGAGAGUCCUCGAAACACCUUGGAAUAUGACCAUACCUGCAAUGACAAUAUUGGCAUUCGAUA